GUAUUUACAUGUUGCCAAUUGUUCCACUGAUGUCUUUUAUAGCAAAAUAAGUCAUAAUUCUGAUUCAGGAUCCAAACUAGAGUCACAUAUUGUAUUUAAUUGUCUGAUCUCUUUAAUCUCCUUUAAUUGAAAAUUCUUCAGUCUUUCCUUGCUAUUCAUGACCUAAUAUUUUUCAUUAUAAGCCAGUUAUUUUGUAGCCUAUACUGUAAUUUAAGUUAAUUCUGACGUUUCUUCACAAUUAGAUUCAGGUUAUACUAUUUGGCUGGGGGUCAGGAAUAUCAUAGAUAUGCCUUUCCAGUGCAUCAUAGGAGUCACUGAUAUUUUUUGGUUAUUACUAAUGCUAAGUUCAAUCACUUGGUUAAGAUGCUGUCCCGUAGUUCCUCCUCUGUAGUUACCAUUCUUCCCUUUGUAACUAAUAUAUGUCAGGAAGAAGAAACUUAUUAAUGGUGUAAAUAUCCCUUUUCUCAUCAUAAUUUCUCAAUAGAGCACUCUUAAACCACAGCAACAAAUCGGUUGUGGGGAAGAAGUAUGAAAAGUGGGGAGUCACAGGUCUUUACGACAUUCUUGAAAUGAGAGUCAAAGGUAUGCCAACUCUACAUAAUCUCCAGUAAGUACAGAAACUUGUGUCAAUGCCUUCUGUUCUUUGGUGGAUUAUUUCAUGAAGUAGUUCAUCACCAAUGCAGCUGAUGGAACAGAGGGUGAUGUUGUGUGGAAAGAAUUAAAAAAAUAUGGACAUUGGUGAGUCUGAGCUUAAAAGUGAGGUAGGCUCUGAAUGUAGAGAAUUUGUAGGGAAACAACUGAAUCAUUUGUCUUAUGUAAUGAAGUUCAAAAGAGCUCUUUUAAUAAGUAUACAUAAAUAUGAUUAGUGUUAAGAGAGCCUUCUGUCACUAUUUAAUUGGCAGGGUUUUUUUUCUUUCUUAUUAGUAUGUAAUGAUAUGUUUUACAAUUCAUGCUGUCUUAGAUUCCAUAUAGUAGCAGUUUUGAAAUUACAAGGUAAGGACUUUGUUUAUCUAGUCCUUCUACUUUAUUCUUCACUGUUAUUCCUGUCUAACUGUAUUCUCACAUAUCCUAAAAGAAACUCUGAUGAAAUAACUUACAGUGUAUCAUCAGUAUGAUGAGCUCUGGUUAAAACUGGGAAGUAGGAUCAAUUCUUUGCUAUUCUCAUCCUGAACUUAGAAAAUCCCCUUGGUGGUAUAUAACCAUUUCUUUUUAGCACUCACUGACUCACCAACACUUAAGUUGAAGCUUAAAAAAUCUGAUCAGCUUAUUGAAAGUGAAUUAAAUUAGGGAAGAUAGAGCCCUCUCUCAGCAUGUUGACAUCAUUUUUGCUCAGUUUGACCAAAGAAAUGAAACCUAACUGAAGACUUUUUUUGCCUCUUGGUGCUUGGUGGGGUUAUUAUUUUCAGAAUGCUGGAGAGAUUUUUUCUGAUUUUGCCACAUAGUCAACUGCCUACUCUGCCUGGGACUGAGAGCUGCCCUCCUGGGGUCCCCUGGAUGUGAUAGUCCCAGAGGACUCUGUUUUAGUCGCAGUAUCUUUUGCAUGAUACACGUUAUCAGGAGUAGUAGCACAAGAAGACUCAUUCAGUUACAGAAUUGCCUUUUCAUCCUCACGAGCUAUAUACAUAGAAUUCCUAAGGUCAACAAUUCAAGGAAGAUGCAGGUUGGAGAAGAUUCUGCAGACACCACAGACCACAAAGCAUAGAUUAGGGUAGAGGGCUUUACCAUGAAAAAUGAAAUUGUUUGGUAAUACUCUAUUUGCUCUGCAAAAGGAGAGAUUAAGGGGAAAAUGUGUUUGGUGCUAUAAAAAUAUGAGCCAGGAAUAAGUAGUUCUUUAACAAGACUACUCUUAGGUUUCUUAUUCUCCAAUUACCACCAUUCCCCUCACACAUGAAAAAUUAUGUCACUCAACUACUAGAAUUUAAAGGGACCAGGAAUCAUGCAUUGAUUCAUAGUGAUAGAAUUCAUUCCGUAUUUGGCUUCUAUGUCUUUGCACUAAUAAAACCUGUAUUGUUUUGAAUGCUGAAUAAAUCACCUCAUAUACAGGUGAAUGUAAGAAAAAAUUUAGUGACUACUUCAGCAGAUGGAGUGAACAGAGAAUUAUUACUUCCUUCACUUUCUGGCUCUUUUGAUUUCUCAGGAGGUAACAGAAAAAUUGGCACCAGAGGGCUCUGAAGGAGAUAACGUUGAUUCUUUAUUUAUACCCUAUGUAUGAAAAGAAUUUAAGGUAGCUCAAAGUCUCAAAUCAUUUCCGGAGUAGAAAUUUCUAAUUAUCCCAGGUGGAAGUCUCCCUAGGGGGAAAUGUCAUUUUCAUUGAUUUAUAAAGCAAAUCUCUUGGUUUAGUGGUUUACAGAUGUUUGGUCCUCCUGUGGCGAGGCCUGGAGGAGGUGACAGGAAGACCACACCAUUCCUCUUAUUUGGAUGAGAGCCCUAAGGAACUGGCCCAGAUGCCUGCAGGUAACUGGAGUGAAAAGAACUUCCAGGUAACAGUCCUGACAGUAGGAAACCUGUACAGUUCUCAGUCAUACCACUCUGGGAACCUCAUUAAGCUCUAAGGUUGCUAAGCUCAAUGAGAUUCAUAGUCCCUAUCAUCAAGGAACUUACACUCUUAAUGAAGUACUUGGAUGAACAAAGUUCAGAAGAAAAUAAUGUAUUAUAUUGGAACUAAGGUGCAUCUUUUUCAUCUUGAGAGAGAGAAAUCUCUUGAGAGAUACCAAUUCAUGGCAAAUAAAAGUAAAUACCACUUCACUGACUAGCACCAGAAGCUCCAGACAAUUUUCUAGUUCAGAUAGCUUCAGUUGCAAAAUAUACUUUAUUUUGAAAUCUCUAUUGCUAUGUAUGUAAGUUACAUGGGUAUUUCUUGGUUAAGAUGUUUGAUCUUUUUGUAUAGUUGAAUUCUAAAGAGAACCAUUAUUUAAAACCUAAAGUUUGUGCUUUUUUUCCACUUCUUGUGUACAUUUUGGCACUAUACUAGGUAUUUUAAGGAUAUCAUUUAAUGUUACUCAGAAUAUCUGACAUUUGUGAAAAGCUUUACAUUUUACGAAAUGUAAUGAGGCCGGGAAGGAUUUCAUGCAUGUUUUUUGGGUAGCAAGGCAGUGACCAUUUUGGGGAGUUUUUGUAGUGGCUGACUGAACUGGACUGUGGACUUCCUUUUCUGCUCAGCGUGAGCUGGAGAACUGGGUUUAGAAAUGCAAGGCAGACUGACCCCUUCUCUCACCCCUAAGAAUGUCAGCAUUGUUGAUGUCCAAAAUAAACUUUUGAGAUCCCUGUCUAGAUGGGUGGGAGAAGAGAGACUUUGGAUAAUAUCUUGAGGCCUAAUGUGAGUGGGCCAACAUAGCACAAAAACCCUCCUGGGUAUUUCUCAGGUUGCUUGCCCCUGGGGUGCCCAUGACCUCGUUGUCAGUUUUAGUUGGGACAGUCUGUUGAGAAUGAGAGCAAUUAGUUGAUCCUCAGAGCUGAAAGCCAGGACUUGCUUUACAGAAAAACUCAUUCUGCCUUCCAUGCAGAAGCAUGGCCAGCAUAUGGUGACAGCUGUGACGUUCCACGGUAAGGACACGAUUGUCAGGUCCUUCUGUGCCCGCCUUUCCAGCCGCCCUCCUGCGUGGUGCUAAUCCCGCGCCCCUCGUUGAGGAGCAAGUGGACAAGUCUCUGUCAGAAGUCGGAAAGACGUGGUACACAGCUUUCUCCUCGGGGGACGAUUUCUGCGGGACCUUUGAUGAAAAAAGAGGAAGAGUUGCCGGCCAAAGGAAACUCUGUCUGCCAAGUUACUUCCGAAAUGGGACUUUUCCUUCCGCGGCUGGGGUCGGACCCCGGGAGGGAGAGGGGCGUGGCCCGCGCGCCCCACUCCGUCGUGGCCCCGCCCCACCCGGGCAUGCUCAGUGGGCUGGGCCGGCUGGUGGGCGGGGCCGCGUGCAGUAGCCGUUGCCGGCGCCGCCUCAACCUGUCGCCGGCCGGUGUUUCCCCCGCGUCUGGUUCCAGGGAAGUUACGUGCGGGAGGCGGCUUGUGAGGAGUCACCGGGCGUGCCGCGGGGAGGCCAGAGACUCGCGGUGCUGCCGGUGGGCCGGGCCGACGUGGCCCGGCUGCGAGGGCUCGGAAGGCCGACCGGGCAACCGCAGUCGGAGGGAGGUGCCGGCCGGGCGCGCCCUGAGGAGAGGUCCCGGGUGGGGCGGGGCGGGCGCUUCCCGUAUUCGGUCUGAGCCGAGACCCCUCUCCGAGGGCCGGACCCCUCCUGCCGCCCCGCCCUCAGCCCCCCCGCGCCCGGGAGCUGUGUAUCUGCCCUGGGGCGCGAAGGGCCGGAGGGCUGCCGGCGCGGAGUUUCGGCUCCGAGGCGCCUCGCGCGGCGCUGGAAAGAGACAAGGUAUCCGCCAGAGCCGCGGCCGCCACGAACACAGCAAUGGAGGAAACAGCUAUAUGGGAAUAGCACACAGUAACACAUCACAGGGGUGCCUGUGGUCCACAUUGCAGCUGAGUUUGGAACAGGAGAGCAAUGUCCGCGUGGAGUCUGGGGGAGAACGGAAGAUGACAGACUGGGAAGGGGGAAUCGUGGCCAGAGCAUCGUUGCAAAGAGAUGGAUUAAAGUUUGCAGUGCUGCCUGCUGUGUUCUGGUGGACUGAAGAUGCCAGGAGGGGAAACCCAGAGAGGACAGGAGCUCUGGGGAGAGCGGCAUUCUGUGGUGGCCCGAUGUUCCGGCCAACUGUGGGCUGAGGGUACUGCUGGGGGCCGCUGGGGUUCUUAAAAAUGUCUGUGGCUCUGGGGAUCCAUACAGUGGAGUUGGCAGAGAUGGGUCCCUUUGUAGGGCGCCUGUGGUCCCCAUUGCAGCUGACUUUGGAACAUGGGAGCGAUCUCCACAUGGAGUCUGGGGGAGAAGGGAAGACGACACCCUGGGAAGGAGGUGUCAUGUCCAUAACAUCGUCACAGAGAGUCGGGUUGAAGCUCGCAGUGGUGCUGCCUGCUGCGUUCUUGUAGAUGGAAUAUUCCAUUGAGGGACAACCCAGGGAGGACAGGAGCCCUGGGGAGAGCGGCAUUCUGCGGCUGCCCGACCUUCAGGCCAACUGUGGGGUGAGGGGACUACUGGGGGCCGCUGGGGUUGUUAAAAAUGUGUCUUUGGCUGGGGAUCCAUACAGUGGGGUUGGCAGAGACGGGUUCCUCUGCAGGGUGCUUGUGGUUCGCAUGACAGCCGAGUUUGGAACUCGGGAGCUAUUUCCCCGGGGAGUCAGGGGGAGAAGGGCAGAUGUCAGCGUGAGAAGGGGGCGUCGUGCCCAUGUCCAUAUCAGGAUGUGAAGUAGGUGUGGAGGGCAAGCCUGCAGGUGCCUGGGCGGCUGUGGUGGGAGGGCCUGCAGUGGAAGUGGCUGCCUGGACACCGAGAACCGAGUUACUGAGGGAACCACUGGGACAGGGGCAGGUGAGAAACAAGGAGGGGGAGAAGCUACCCACGUGGGUGAUGGGGCCGACCUUGGGCAGGAAGGCUGCUGCAAGGAGGUGGUGGAGGGGCUGGGCGGUGUGGGGAUGUCAGAAGUAGGCGGAGCUGUAGCAGUGACUGAGUGAAAAGGGCCCUCCUUCUCUCGGUGGAAUUCCCACUAUGAGACUGGGACUAAGAGCAGGAGGAGCAUCAGCCGGAACUGGAGGAGGGGGAGGAGGAGAAUUGGGGGCCAUGUCUCUCGUUCCCUGAUCAGUAUUGGAUCUGGGGAAGGUGGAAGGACAAAGCGGGAUCAGGGGCCUGGCACACAGGUCAGUCAGGUUGGUGGUGGUAUCAGGGACCUCUGAGGUGUGAGUGGUCACGGACAGGGAGCGCCUGCACUCCCCGGGCAGGUGGGGAAAAGGAAGGGGCAGGCCCAGUGGCACUGCCAUGAGCCUGGACCUCCGUUUUAUCCUCUGAGUUCUUGUUUCUCUGGCAGUCAGUGCUGUUCUCCAUGUUACCCCGGUUUUGGGCAAUAGCUAAGCGAGGAUGUUUUGGAGAUGAGGGCAGCUGACGUCGUGGACGUACGUGCUGAGCCUGUCAGCUUCUCGGGCUUGUCCCUCCGGUUCAUCAAGGGGAGGCUGCCGGAGGGGAGCACCUGGCCUACAUUCUGCCUCUGGGGCUCGGUGGAAAAGCCAGCUGGGAAAGGCACACAAUCCCAGUGGAACAGCCUGUGGCCAGGGUGGUCGACAGAUGCAGGAGAAACGGGGUGCUUCUUGGCAUGAGGGGCAGCAUCUCGUGUGGAAGGACUGGAGGGCAGUGAAGGUGGGGCUGAGGAUCGCGGCGGGGUGGGGCAUGAAGCUUUCGAGGGACGUUGCUCAUGAUGAAAAUCUGUUGUGUGCCAAAUGAUCUGAGAGUAAGGCGUAAUAAAACCAGGAGAGUGUCUCCUUUGCUUCUGCCUCCUCUCAGGCCAAGCGCACACUGAGCUGCCCCACGAGGGCUGUUGUGAUGUCACACAGGGAGGUGUCACAAAGCCCCCACUGCCAGGGGGUGCUAGCCAAAAGUCAAAGGGUGUGGCCCCAAGGCUGCCCUCAGUGGAAUUACUAGCACUGUGGAUGGCUGCACGUGCUUGUUGUAAGAUAAAUUCUAACUGAAAUAAGCAGGUGACGAGAGGCAACAAAAGGCCAGGCCAUUUAUUUGAGUGCAAUCCCAGGCGAGGUUCACCAGUCUGCACAAAUACAGGCUGGAGAAGUCGCGCCCAGCAGGGCAGGCAGUGAGUUUUUUUUUUUUUUUUCUGAGUUACUGUGAAUAUUUAUUUUCCCAUUAUGUACUUGUACAGCCAAACCCUCAACAAUAACCAUGUAGCACUUUUUAAAAAUGACAAUUUAAAAUGUGCCAUGGAUAACUCUUAUCAUCAUAGUAAGGGAAAAAAACAGAUUUCUCUCUUCUCGCUUGAUGUGGGAUUUAAGAAAUCUUCAGUGUGAAGGAGUGCCCUGUUUUUUUUAUUCAAAAAUAAUUUCCCUUAGUAAAGAUUUUCACAUGUCCUAUGUUUAAUGGGAAAGGAUUAUAUAAACAGACCAGUAUAUAUAAACAGACCAGUAUAUUCAUUUUUACCUUUAUCUUUCAGAUCAUGUAAUUUUCCCUCAAAAUCUGUGCACAUUCUUGUGCUGUUUUCAAAAGUAGAUAUUGAGUUGGAUUUGACGCAUCAGUAGAUCCUAGUGGAGGAACUCUACAGGAUUCAGAUUCAAAUUUAGCAGCAGCAGCUUCUAGUUCUCUAGUUAUAUUCUCUUCCAAUUCCUGCUGCAUCCUGGCAAAGAACGUCUCCGUGUCAUCUGAAGUCCACGGGUUUGUGGUGGGAACCACUGAGUUUUCUCUUGGAGCUGUUUCCAGCGCUGGCCUCAUAGUGAGAUUGCUGCGUGAAGUCCUGUUCUGUGCGUUCUCCUCAAGAAGUGUGGCACUCAUCUCUGUUAGCCUCUCAGUAGUCCUGCGGAGAAUGUUUAGUUUAUUUUCCAGUGAAUUUCUAACUUAAUUCUUCCAGGUAGAGUUGCUUCUAUUUUUCCAAUUCUGUUUUACUAGAAUAUUGAGAAGUUUUUGCUUUGAAUAGCUCAAAUUCCAGGUCUUUAGUUCUGAGUUCCAUCUGGCUUCUUAUUGAAGUAUUAUUAUUUUCUCUCACCUGCUCUUACUUUUCCUGAGAUGCCGCUUGUGCCUAUAAAAACAGACCGAUUUCUUUUACCUUUUUCUACUAUUUCCUGUCUUGCUCUUCAAACUCUCACACAGUUCUACUUGGCUGUGUUCUGCCAUGUUCAUUUCUGUAUGAGUCCUGAGGUGUCGGCUACCCCCUGCCUGUGGCCUGCAGCCGGGGGUGGGGUGGGGGCAUGGGGGGGUGGGAGACGCGAUGAGGUGUCAAAGACCCGAAAGGAUCAGGCAGGGGACUCGAGGCUGAACCCGCAUGAGAGUGAUGCUGAGAGGGCACCCUUCGUGUUUAUUGAGCAAAUACAUGUUAACAACAAUAGAAUUCUGUUGGGGGGAGGCACUGAGUUUUUAAAGAAAGUAGGGGGAGGCAGAGCAUAGAUUUACAGCGGCGCGAGGAUUGGCUAGCCUAAGGCAUAUUUUUCAGGUUGGGAGGGGGCAGCAGCCAGGGACUUUGGUACGUCAUCAGUGUCCGACGUGCUCACCCCUCCCUCCAGUGCCUCCAGCCUUAUAUUUGUCACUGGACACAGCACCAUGCAUCCUGUUGAGGGCUGCAGUGGCCGCAUACAUCAGAACUCACCCCACCCUUCCGCUGGCUCUGCAGAUCCCCCUGUGCCUUGUGUGCGGAGGCCGGCUUUGUAUCUUAGGCUCCCAGAGGCCCGGGGCUUGCUCAAAGCUCAGUAUGAAGCCACCCCUGUACUUCCGGGGUACGGCCUCUUCCCCAGGCCUUCCCAGCCUCUGCCAGAUGCCUGGAGCCUGGCGCCCCUGUAACUUUAAUUGCUGUGUCAGGGACCUGCUUUUAUCUUGCUCUAAAGCACGUAGAAAAUAGAAAUUAUUGGAAGAAAAGCAUCCGAGAUACAGAGAUGUCUGGACAUAGACGUUUCCAUUAUAAGUUUGAGAACUUGUGUUGUAACAAGUCACUGAUCGAUAAGAAGAAAACUAACAUUUUUGAGAAUUUGCUAGGCUUUCCACUCUGACAGAACCAAUUUAUUCAUCUUGUGUUUUCGUUCCAAUGUAUGCACAAAAAUUACGUGUGAUAAAAAUCUAUUUCUCAUAAGCAGGGGCCAGCUGUGUAAUUUGCAGGGAUCAAAGUAAAAUGAAAUCCAGACCAGCUGCUCAAAACAGGAAAAUUUUCCCCCGCUUUUCUAAAUUUUCUCUAUCUGUCGUAGCCUCUGAUGUUUGCUAUUUAGUACUUCACUUCCUCUGUCACAGAAUUACUUGCCGGGCAAGUGCAGACAUAAUAUAUGUAUUUAUACUUUUGUACCCCAAGUAUUUAAAACAGUGCUAGGCACUCAAUAAUUUGCCAAAAGUCUGCAGGGAUAAAAUAUUUUAGUUUCCUUAUUCUUUUCUUUGCUACUAUUUGGUCUUUCUGAAGAUAUAUUCAAAUUGAUGGUUGGUGAGGUAAGAAAAAAAUGUCAAUAGUUGUAAACGUGUAUAGCGGAAAUUUUCACUUUAUAUUCUAGUCUGGUUCAUCCCCCCAUAUUCUGUGGUAGAAUGUGUGUGUGUGUGUGUGUGUGUGUGUGUGUGUGUGUGUGUGUGUGUGUGUGUGUGUGUGUGUGUGUGUAGUGAGUCAGCCUGUUGCCUGUUGAUUGUGAAACUCAAUGAUAGUGACAGCAAGUGCGGCGCAGAUUGCUUCAUUUCCUUCUUUGAUGUUAGUGACCUCUGCUGUUAGAAAGCAGAACCCCUCCACUCUGAUUUCCAGCCAGGAAAACAUUAAAAAACAAAUCUCAUCAUUCUGGAAAAUAAAAAUACCCAAGGACCUCAAAGGCCACAGUGCCUUCUGUCAUUUAUCUUCCAAAACGGCUUCGUAAGUCUGUGGGCUGGUGUGUGAGAAGCGCACACGUUACAUGUGUUCAGCCCUCCGCCUUCCUGAGCGGGGCAGAUGGGUUGCACAGCUGCCGGGCCCCUUGGAAGCCUGUUGCAGCUUCAGCUUUCUGCGAGCCGGUGUGCUUCCUGCAGCCACUUACUGCAAACUCUGGUUAUUGAGACCACACUAUGGCUUUUUUUUUUUAACAUUAAAAAAAGUAUCCACGGUUCCAUGGAUUCUCACCCUUAUUUGAUUCAACCACCUCAUCUGGUCAAUUGUUGGGGAAACAAAUUCUGUUCCUUCGUUUAGGUGGAUUAUCUGACUCACGUAUAAAACAUUUUUAAGAUUAAUGAUCUUAGUGAAGUCCUUCUGAUAACACAGACGUAUGAUAUUUUAAAAUAGAAAGAAUAAAAACAAAGAAUGUGUUCCUGCGUAAAUAUCCCUUUAAUACAUGAGUUUUGGAAAGUCCCAUGUUUCAUGAAUCAUUUAGCCUGUUUUAUCUUGAUGUUAUACAAACGUUUCAAAAACAAGGAUGUGGAGAUGUUGCCCCCUACCGUUUGCCUGGAAGCAUACUCACUUUAUGUAACUACUUUUCCCCUUCAACUGCAUUUCUUCUGCCUCAAAGACUCAUUUUUAUCUCAAAUCCUUCUUCUUUUAAAAUGAUUUAUUUUGUUACUCUUAACUACUCCAUCUGCAAGGUCAUUACAUGCAAUUCUUCCACUAAUAUAUUGGAAAAUCCUGAGGAAGUGACCUUAAAUCUUCCCCAGUAAGUUGGAAUAAUUUUCAGAUUUGAAUAGACAUAAAGUAUGUGUAAUUGAAACCCCAUUUUAAAACACCUUAGUUUCUGAUGUAAUUGAAUGCGGUUAAGAUUACUGGAUUGAUGCUAGUUUUAUUUUAAGAUUCAAAUUCUAAAUAUUUAUAAGGCAAAUGUCUGAGUUUUCUUUUUUCUGUAAAUAUAUUUAUAUGUCAGUGUGGGUAAAAUUGUAACAUUUCCAGAAUCUCUCACCUGGCUUUAGUGUAUUUGCAUAUUCUUAGGGGUGGAGAGAAGUUCAUCUCCAUGUCAAUGGGUAAUUACCUGGGCAACUGAGGGCCUGUCUGAACCUGACUGUUUAAGGGGAGGGGCUGGCUGGCUGGCUGGCUAGCUGGCUGGCUUGCUUCUUCCAGGGAGAGAGAGAGAGAUGGUGCUGGACUGCAUUUUGUAAGCAAUAAAUGGGUUUUAAACUUAAUUUUUCCCUUUGACUGAUUUCGGUUUUUAGAGGUAUUUUGCCCCCGGAUUUCUUUUCCCGACUUACUUCUGGUGGAAGUUGGCAGGAUUCCUCUGAAUCCAAAAUUUCAUAAUGGGUGUGACCUUUGGGAGGGCUGCUCCUGUGGAUGGUGGGGAGACCCCAGUGGAUGCAGCGGCAGAGGGUGCUGCUUCACUGGAUGCAGCGCAGAGGGUGCCGCUGCACUGGUUAUUAUCCCCCCAGCUGUGGGGCUUCCAAGUUGGGAACUCCUAGGGGGGAAUUGGUCUAGGGUAAAGUACCUCUUAGAGGGGUGGGGCCUUCCCCACUGAGGAAGGCUGGAAACACUGAAAGCUGCAGAAUUAGCCCUCUGUGAGUUGGAAGACUGCUUGGAGACUUUAGGGGGCCAUGUAGCAGCUGGCAUUGUAGGGUCUCUUUUCAUCUAGAUAGUGCAAAAUGUUAUACAGGAGAAAGAGAGGAUCAUCGAGAGGGUUAGUGAUGAGAGAGAGGGGCUUAGGCAGGAGAGAGACACACUUCAGCAUCGCUUGGAGGAGCUGAGCAAUAAUGUAUGGGAUGCUGUUAAAGAGAGACAGUUACUGAAAAGACAGGUUAUGCUCCCAGAAGACUCCUUAGAGGCAAGUGGGGAGGCAGCAGGAAAAGCCAUGUUGCAGGAGGCUGUGAGGGAGCCUGGGGAAAGAGUGGUGCCUUCAGCCCUGGAAAUGGUGGAGGUGGAGCCAUUGGUGGAGAAGCCCGAGGGAGAAGAGGAGGAAACAGGGUCAUUAGCAGAUCUACUACCCAGGCCACCGCUGGAGGUACCAUCUUCUCUUGUUUUAAAGGCCUGCCCAGCUGUAAUUAAGAAAAUAAAAAAAUGAAAAAACUGCAGGCUCCUCAGGGGGAAGAACAGACCCUCCCCAGGUUGUGUAGCACUCCAGGUUCCGCCCCUAUACCCAGGAUGAGCUGGUGGACAUGAGCGUCUGUUAUGGGCAGAGGCCUUUAGAAUCCCUGCCUACAUGGCUUUUAUGUCUCUGAGAUAUGGGGGUGGAAAACAUUGUUGUGUUGGAUACUGAGAUGAGUAGAAUGGCUUCCCUGAUGACUCACCCUUCCCUCUGGCAGUGGUUGCAAAAUGCCUGUCACGCCUCAGGGAAUCAGACACUCCUGGCAUGGCUGACAGCUGCCAUCAGGAUAGUUUGGCCUAAUCAGGGUGAUUUACCAUAUUUUCCCAAUAGUUGGAAAACGUAUGCAGAUCUCCAAGAGGUACUUCAGGAAUUGGGUAUGAAAAAUAUCAUCUAUAAUAUGGACCUCUGGGGCCCUGAUGAGGAGGGGUUCACUAUAGGAAUGAGAAAUCUGGUGCUGCACACAGCUCCCCCAUCUCUCUUUGGGUCCCUAGUGAAUACUCUUGCCCCCCACGUAGGGCAACCCAUAAGUGAGGCUACUCAUACUUCAGCAGAUCUGGGGGAGGUUGAAACAAUAAGGGCAUGGAGGGAAGUAUGGGUCACGACCGAAAGGAGAGGUGCAAAAGGUCCCAUAAAGGUCUCCAGGACCCAGAUGUGGGUUGAUUUGAUAAAGGCCGGGGUAGUGAAAGAAAGACUCAAUGGGCAGCCCAAUAGAAUAUUGUUGGAACUGUGGCACCAAUUGAAUCCAGAGCAGCAGUUCCAGCCGCUGAGGUCCAGGACGUGGAAACCAGAGUCAAGGCCUCAUGCCCGGCCUGUGUCCCUGCAGAACUUCGUGGGAGACAGUACUCAGGAUUCGCCUGAGCCCUCACUCCCAGAGGAGGAUGAUUGGGCAUCACAGUUCAACUGAAUAGGGGGUUCAAAGUCCCCACCUUGGGGGACAUGGUGGGGACCAGAGGCCACAUAUAGAAUUAGAAAUUCAUUGGUCCCCUGUGAAUGUACACUGUGUCCUGGCGCUGGUGGGCACAGGAGCUGAGUGUUCUCUCAUUCAUGGCAACACUGAGCAUUUUCCCAGGACCCCUGCUGUGAUGGAUGGCUAUGGGGAUAAGGCAGUUAGAGUGAAGAAAGCCCAAAUCUCAUUGGGGAUAGGGCGUUUACCCCCAAAGGAGUAUACUAUGUACAUUUCUCCCAUCCCUGAAUAUAUUUUGCCUGUGCCUAGGUGGGUGACAAAUACUAAGCAGUAUAAAUUGCCUGGGGGGCACAAGGAAAUUGGAGAAACUCUGUAGGAGUUGGGGAGGGUGGACAUCAUAAAGCCCACUCAUAGUCCUUUUAAUUCCCCAGUCUGGCAAGUGAGAAAGCCAGAUGGCUCCUGGCAUAUGACUGUAGACUACAGGGAAUUGAGUAAAGCCACACCCCCUUUGCAUGCAGACGUUCUGGACACCCUCAGCCAUGAACUGGGAAUGUAUCAGUAUGUAGUAGACCCUGCUAAUGCUUUCUUCUCUAUUGACAUAGCACAGGAAAGCCAGGAACAGUUUGCCUUCAUGUGGGAAGGCCGGCAGUGGACAUUCACUGUCCUUCCACAGGGAUAUCUCCACAGUCCCACCAUCUGUCAUGGACUUGUAGCCCAGGACUUGGCCACAUGGAAGAAACUGCAAACAGUGCGGUUGUAUCACUACAUUGAUGAUAUUAAUGCUCACAUCUGAU